AUGACAGGGUUUGAUAAUACGAAUCCUACAAUAUAUCAACGACCGGAUGCUACUACAUCGUCUGUUGGUGGAAUUGAUAAGUUAUCUACGUAUAAUAAAUGUUAUUCUGCUUUAAGUUAUGGCCAAUCAUUUUUAAAGGAAGAUGGGUCUAAAGACGUAGAUAGGACAAUUGUAGAACUUCUUUCUCCUACUAUAUCACACGAUUCGUUUGACAAAAAUGAAAUUUUUGAUAUUGUAAGAAGUAUAAAGGAUCCAGAAUAUUCAUAUUCCCUUGAGGAUCUAAAGGUUAUAGAAAGGGACAAUAUUGUUAUCAAUGAUGAAACGUCAACUAUCGCAAUAUAUUUCACGCCAACUGUACCACAUUGCUCUCAAGCAACUUUGAUAGGAUUAAUGAUUUAUGUCAAACUUGUCCAAAGCCUGCCGUUGCAUUUCAAAAUAGAUGUACAAAUAACAAAAGGAACGCACGACAACGAAGAUGCGAUUAACAAGCAGUUAUUGGAUAAGGAACGCAUCUCUGCUGCAUUAGAGAAUCCUCUACUAUUCGACCUAAUAAAUGAUGGUAUGGUUGUUUGUCUCUCCUACCUGCACAAUAUUAAACAUUUUAUGAACAAAAAUUCAGGAAUCUAUAACGAAAUGUCACAUGAAUAUCUAAUAAGUCCGAACUGGUAA